AUGCGGGGCGGACUGCGAGCGUGUGCACUGGUGCCCCUGCUGGCCCUCCUUCUGCUUCAAACUGUGGACUGCGGACUCACUGGCGGGGACACUGUGGUGAAUAUGAGGAAGGUGACUCAUAAGACCAUCACAGAGGAGCUGUCCAAAACAGUGCUCCUGCCGUGCCUCUUCACCCUGCGUCAAGGGGCCAGCUCCUCCCCUGAGCCCCCCAGGAUCAAGUGGACCAAAGUGUGGGGUCAGCGGGGCUCGGAUGGCCUGCAGAAGGAGCAGUCUGUGCUGGUGGCCAAAGAUAAUGUGGUUAAGGUAAAGAAGGCUUUCCAGGGCCGUGUAUCAUUGCCCGGCUACAAUGAGAACCGCUACAAUGCCUCUCUGGCUCUGACCGGUCUGCGCUCCAGUGAUUCAGGGCUGUACCGCUGUGAGGUUGUGGUGGGAAUCAACGACGAGCAGGACACAGUGCCCCUCGAAGUCACAGGUGUGGUGUUUCACUACCGGGCACCUCAUGACCGUUAUGCCCUGACUUUUGAUGAUGCCAAGCGGGUGUGUGUGGAGAACUCCGCUGUUAUUGCCUCUCCAGGUCAGCUGCAAGCUACAUUUGCUGACGGCUAUGACAAUUGUGACGCCGGGUGGCUCUCAGACCAAACUGUGCGGUACCCCAUCCAGUCUCCUCGACCCGGUUGCUAUGGCGAUCGAGAGGACUCACCUGGAGUGCGAAACUAUGGCAGUAGGUCCCCUGAUGAGCUGUUUGAUGUCUACUGCUUCGCUAAACAGCUGCGAGGUGAUGUCUUCCACACCUCCGUGCCAGAGAAGCUAAACCUGGCCACAGCCUCCACUCACUGUCACUCUUUGGGGGCUCAGCUGGCCACAGUGGGGCAGCUGUACCUGGCAUGGCAGGCCGGACUGGACCAGUGUGACCCAGGCUGGCUGGCAGAUGGCAGUGUGCGCUACCCCAUCAACGUUCCCCGGAAAAACUGUGGAGGAGACGAGCCAGGGGUGAGGACAGUCUACAGCAACCCCAACCGCACUGGAUUUCCUGAUACUACAGCACUGUUUGAUGCCUACUGUUUUGGAGCCCACCAGCCUCUUGGAGUCCAAGCUGUAGAGGCUGUGUACCAGAAGUCCAAUCUGGGGGAAGAAGCCAUGUCGUCAGUAGGUGAAACCCACAGAAGCUCCCCCUAUGCCGAUACCUCAUCCUGGACUGGUCUUGUAAACCUGGAGAAAUCAAAUAUGCAUUCUGUAGCUCACACUGACAAUUCCUCUGAGAUUUCCGAGGAGCAUGUCAUAAUUCAUCUAAUGCCUGAUAGUAACUCCAAUGCUUUAGGCCUAUCAGAGCAGGAGAACAUUGAACGCCAUGGUGGUGUAUCUAGAGAAGAAGACAGUGAAGAAGACAGGAGUUCAGCCAACAUUUCAACAACAUCUUCAGCUCAACAUCCCCAGAGCAGCAACAGUGUGCUAGCAGACUUUGUCCAUAGUUUAAUGAAGCCUUUUAGAUACCUGACUGGAGAUAAGCCGGUAGAGGAUGCUGAACUAGGAACAUCAAUGCCCUUAGAAGAAGCAACGGAGAACCAUGUAUUAGCUGAAAUGUCCAGCAAUAAUCUGAGUGAGCCCAAAACAGCCAAGGGAAGUUUGGACAACGCAAUACUUGAGCAUAGGGGUUUUUCUUUUCACCCUUCUACAAACGGACUAGAAUCUUCUGAAGAGGGAUUGUCUGAGCAGGAGAAGGAGGUGAUGCCGCUGGUGAAACUACAGCCUGCUCUUCACAAUGCAGAGCAAAGAGACACCAGCAUCCAACAUGGAGAAACAGCUACAAACAAUAAUGGUUUGUCCUCUACUUACUUCUCCAUAACUGCCCCCACUGAACCACCUCCACACUCUGUCAAAGUGUCCAGCCCACAUGGUCCCAGGGGAGCCCCCGCGUUCAGCCCCAGCCCCAACAGUCAGUUCCGCUGGGCCAUCAAGUCAAUGCGCACUUCUAAACUAGGUCCCCCCGGAAAUAUGGGUUAUGUGGGGAAACGCCAACCCCAUUGGGAACCUAUGGAAGCCAAAGCCGCACCUUUAGAAAUUAUGACCAUGCCCAUAUCGAGGCGACACGACAACCCAGAAAAUUACUCAGGCGAAGGUAAAGAAGAAGAGGAAGAGGGUGCAAACCGUGCGCCUUCAGAGGAGGAGAGCGACACGGAGGGUAGCGCAAGAGAGGAUGUUUUAGCAGAGAUGUUUGAGCUAAAAGGCAAUGAGAGUUUGGAGUCUGACCUGAGUGAAGACAUGAACGAUGUUGUUACUGUUGCAGAACACACCACGCUAUCCCGUUGGCAGCUAGUAGAGCAGCCCACCUCUGCGCCUAAGGGCCCCCCAUCUGAAGAGGCCAAGGGGGAGAUCCUUUUUGUGCGCAGACCAACUGAACAACACAAAGAAGAGACAAGAAGUGUACUGAACUCUGCUUUUACUCCAAAAAACACUCAACUAACACUGACUCAACAAAGCAAGUCAAGUGAGGUCUUCACACAAGUGCUGACUACUACAGAAGUGACGACAACCAGAGAAAUGGAGAGGAUAGACCCGACAACAGCACCAAACCCAGAUGACAGGGUCCCAACAGAGGAGUCUAUCUCAAUCUCAUGGGUGCUACCGGAGGACAGCACCAACACCCCUGACCAUCAGACAAGCACAGACAUUAUUCAGCUCACCACACAGGCCUCAGAGAUGCGGCUUAGUGUUACCCAAAUGGAGUCUAGAUCUGCCGUGUCUGAGUCAUUUGUGGUGGGGAGUAAGUGGACACCUUAUAAAAAAUCGGAAGAAAAGAAAACGCUGGAACCGACUGACAACAAUAAAGAGAAAACCAACAAAGCAUUUGGCUUCCUGGUUCCCAACUGGGCAUUUGGACUCAUCCCUUCAGGGGACAGUAACCCGUGUCAAACCAACCCCUGUCUCCAUGGUGGCAGCUGCCUGCAGGAGGGCGACGGUUAUAGCUGCUACUGUCCACAGGGCUUCUCAGGAGAGAGCUGUGAGAUCGACAUCGAUGACUGCCAGUCCAAUCCAUGCCAGAAUGGUGGAACGUGCAUCGACGAGAUCAACUCCUUUGUGUGCCUUUGUCUGCCCAGCUACAGCGGCGCCACCUGCGAGAAAGACACGGAGGGCUGUGAACACUCCUGGAGGAAGUUCCAUGGACACUGUUACCGGUACUUCAGUCGCAGACACACGUGGGAGGAUGCCGAGAAGGACUGCAGGGAGCACAGUGGGCACCUAGCUAGUAUCCACAGUGCAGCAGAGCAAAACUUCAUCAGAGGUCUGAGCCAUGACAACACAUGGAUUGGCUUGAAUGACCGCACUGUGGAGGAUGAUUUCCAGUGGACCGACAAAAUGGACUUGCAAUACGAGAACUGGCGUGAAAACCAACCCGACAACUUCUUUGCUGGAGGAGAAGACUGCGUGGUGAUGAUCGCUCACGAGAACGGCAAAUGGAACGACGUGCCCUGCAACUACAAUCUGCCCUACGUGUGCAAAAAGGGAACAGUGCUUUGUGGAGCCCCUCCCCCAGUGGACAACGCCUUUCUGAUUGGCCGAAAGCGCUCCCACUAUGACAUUCACUCAGUUGUGCGUUACCAGUGCGCAGACGGCUUUCUUCAGCGCCAUGUUCCCACUGCCAAGUGUCGUGCCAACGGCAAGUGGGACCGACCCAAAAUCAUCUGCAUGAAUUCACGGAGGGCCCAUCGCUACAGACGUCACCACCACAAGGGCAGGAGGGAGCGCAGGAAGCACAAGAAGCACGGGCACAGAGAGGGGGGGCAUCAUGGGGCGGAGCAUGACCACGGCCAUGCCCAUUUCUGAACCAAAUAUCACACCUGUCUCCUCCUCCUGAUGCCGGCUGCCUUCCCACCUGUAACACCUACUCUGUGUAACCCUGCCAACUUCUUCUGAAAACCCCCAGCCCCGUCCUCCUCACUGCUCUUGGCACCGCCCCUUUUCUGCCCUGCUAAUCUCUGCGGGAAACAUCGAACAAUAACAACCCCUUUAUAUUCUUUCUAUCUCCAAGUCUGAACACCCCCCUGAGCUCCAUGGUAAUCUCUGACAUGGGCCUAUACAUUUUUAUCUUGUUUUGACAAAAUCAUUUCCUCAAUCGGACACUCUUUGGAGACCAGUGGUUGGAUUGUAAAUAGGGACAACAUCACUACACUGUUGACUGGAGGCGUCCAUGUUUUGAGUCUAUUUUUACAAAUGUUAGAUGUUGAUUUUUGCUGCUUUUAGGUUUUUUGCUCUUUGUAAGACAUUGUACUUGACUUAAUACCAUUAAGUUGAUUUACUUUGAAUCAGAGGCAGUUGUAAUUGAAUUCUUUGAGUGUUCUUAGCAUUGUAUUUCCAUGUCAGUGUGAGACAGUUGCUUUAGAUCAGAAGCUGAAAUCCCAGAGGAAAAUGGACUAUGUUACAUCCCGAAACACAUUGUUCCUCAUUUUAUAUUUUAUACUGUAUGUAGUUCUGAAAUCUCCGUAGAUUUUCCUCACCAUCACAUCUAGUCCUAGUACAGCAGUCCCCAUUCUAUUUUUAUCCAUGUUUUUGUCCAUUCGUAAUUGUCUACUAUAUACUUGUAUUUACGAUGACAGACAUUCAUAUCAUUUUGCAGUAAGUCACUGUUGUUGUUCUACUGAGACUUUAUACCAGUAUUAAUUUACAGCCUACAAAGCACUUUGACCCCAAUGAAACCCCAAUAAGCAAUUUUGAAAUGCUAAUGACGGCUUUUACAACGAAGUGAAUCAAGAGGCUAUUACAUUAUAUGGCAUGCCAUCAGACGCACUACACGUGUCUUGUAGUCUCAGUAACCAAAGGGUUGAUGGUCUGAUCCUCAGUUUGUCCAAUUGUCUCUUUAUUUAUGCUAACACGAAGAUGAAAAAUGUUUUGUACUCUACAUUAGGAUUACUAUCCAGUCCACUAAACUGGUGCCCUACAUAGUGAAUGAGAGGGACUAGUGGUUUUGGACACAGCCUGUGAUAAAUGCAGUUAGACCGGUCCAUUUCUUAUUAUAUGACCUAGAAUAGAUUAGGAACACUAGCGCACUGAUAAAACAAAUAUUACAACAAAGAUGAACUUGAGUUCACUGUAUCACAAACUUUUUCACAUGAUUCAAGUUAUAGCUUACCAUCAAGUGCCCUGGUUGUUUUGAAAGAGCGAUGGCCGCCCUCUUUCCAACAAUAAUGCCCCAGUAAACCACAGAGACAGGGACUAAUACCAGACUGCUGAAUAUGAAUCAAAUGUGUAUGCGCCAACAGUGUCAAGGAUCUAUUUAUUUUUUAUGCCACUGUAUUUUCUUUGAGUUUGUUGACAGUAAAGUGAGGUCACACCAACUGAUGAUGACGAUGAUGGAGAGGAGAUGAAGGUGUCCCGAGUUCACUCCUGCGCCGUGUUGUGUCUGUGAGAGAGGGAUUGCUCUUUCCUGCACUGCGUUUUUAGAGUGGUGUUUUUCAAAGCUCCUUGUAGGAUUAGGAUAAAACUCACAACAUUUUCAGAGAUGUUAUGUUAUCUCUGUUUUACCUUAUCUCUGUUUUUGGACACUUUCUUAUUAGUGGAUGAUAGUGUGCUGAGGGAUUGUUUAGAACCAGAACCUUUUGUGUUGAGUAGCC